GAUGUUGGUUGUUCAGGAUUUAGUUUAACGAGUGGCAUUUGUUUAUGUGUAGUGUUUAAUCUAACCAAAGAAUCUCCUUUACCAAGUUGUUUUGUCGCAAAUUCAAUUUUAAGCCUACUAGCGCCAUCUGUGUGUCAGGUUGGGGAACCAUAGCUCGCUUCGCUAGCGGCGAUGAGCUCAAACCACACUGAAUGUUUUUCUUCAACCUCCGCAUGGUUCCGCAUGUCAACGACCUUUUGUGCAUAAUUCCUCACCGGUGUGCCAGUGUGCACGGUGCGAAACGAGCGUCAUUACGACUUGCCGAGCCGAUGCUUUAGGGCGCAAAAUAGUGAGUGAACGCAUACGAUGUCCGAGCUGAGCAAGUGCUUCUAUCAAGUGACGACGGGCCGUUCCUGUCGUGAUCUGUGCCAUCCAGAGUAUGCUACCUGCUGGCAAUCGUUCGUCGGUAUUACGAAAACGUUACUGCCCGGUAGCUACAAGCUCUACCUGACACUGCUGGUGAUUCCGCCACUGGUGAAAGGUGGUGGCUAUACGGCGGAAUAUUGGCGCAAUCACAUCCUGGGCUAUGCAUCGAUUUCCUUCAAAACUUACAUCCAAGCCAUCAGUGGCCUAACGCUACAAUGUCUCCUCUACAAACUGUUCGGCAAACUACACUAUUACCUUCUGAUGGGUGUGCCAGGCUUUGUAAGUGCAGCACUCGUACCGAAGCUACCGAGAGUACACCUACGCCUGCAGGGCAUUACCUACUUCAACAUGAUGCUGGAGGUGAUGAUCAAGAAGAGCCGGCUAGGGAUGCUGCAGAAAUUGCGCCAAUCGAAACUUUGGGCAACCAUUUGCUUUAUGAUGUUCAGUGCGAAGAUUAUGGAUGUGUUGCGUGCCGGAACUGUUAACCAGUUUUGGCUCAUGUACCCUGCUUCGUCCGAUCGCGAGAGGAAGGAAAACACACCGGAGAGGAAGGUCACACCCUGCCUUCAUGAUGGCAUAUCCUGUCGAUUGUACAUUUUUGAUGGUAUAUGGAAGUACGCCCUAGCUGGAUUUACCAUCGAAACCGCACGUGGACUAGUGUCCAAGGGUACGCUGAUGUACGGGGAACCAGCACGCUUCUUCCAGGAACUACGGAAGGCAAUCGGUUUAGCACUACCCCUCUUUCUAGCGGCCUACGUUGGAAGCUUCCGAUCUGUUAGCUGCUGGUUGGCGCAUUAUACCGGACGGGAGCGUCCCGGGCAUGCGCGAAUAGCUGGACUGCUCAGUGGUAUCAGCUACCUGAUCUACCCGAAGUAUCAGAUAUUCACCCUUGGAUUUACAAAAUUUAUCGAGAUGGCUUGGGAGCAUCAUCUCAACACGGUAAAAGUAAAGACCCGCUGGUUGGAGUUCCUGCAGCGCAUACCCUAUCUGCGGCUGGUGCACAUGAUCUCGAUCGGCUACAUGUACCAUGCGCUUGUCUUCCACUCGCAUCUCUCACCACCAUUCAACUCCAAAUGCGUCAACUACUGUUCCGACUUCCGUGUGGAGCGGAUCAAGCGUCGGCUCGUCUCCUGGAUGCUCGAACAUUCGUGGAGUGGUACUCGCUAGCAGGCUUUUUUGGCUUUGGCAACUACCACCCAGCUCAUCGCUUUCUUCAUCCUCUCCCCCCUUCUCCAGCUCACCUGACAUGUUCUUUGUAUUGUGAGACACACGGUGCUAAUAAACCUGUUUGCGCCCGAGUAUUGGUGUGGUUAAGAG